CUUUCCCUUGUAAUGUCACAUGUUUUAUCAGUUUGUGUCGCGUUCUUUGAUUGGUUCACACGAAGGUUGUGAACCCUUACUCACCACUUCCGUAAAAAACACGACAAAGUGACGAUGGCUGAGAGAAAGAAAGUAUCAGAAGACAGUGUGGAAUACAGACUUUUUCCGGCGAUCAGCGGCCACGGCGACAACCAGACUCUACUGGACAUCUUAGACACGUGUCUGGCUCUUGUCAGUCCGCACGUGGUGGAUUAUAUUUGGCACAUUGACCCAUUUCAGCUGACACCAGUGGACGGAACAAAGGACUGCCCUCCUCAUUUGUUUGGGAAAACCACUUUUGGAGACAAUAUUGAAGAUGAAUGGCUAAUUGUGUAUUUGCUUUAUGAUCUCUCAAGACAAAUUCAUGACCUUGUAAUACAAGUUCAGGAUACAGAUGGGGAGUUCCUGUUGAUAGAAGCAGCUGAUGCUCUGCCUAAAUGGGUGAAUCCAGAUACUGUUGAAAACAGAAUUUUUGUUUACAAUAAUGAACUACACAUCAUCCCAAGACCCCAGACGCCAGCUAAUGUGACGGUGCUUCCCGCCUCUACCCCCAGUCUACAGGAGGCCGUGGAAUGUGUGAGAAGAUCACCCUCCACAACUAGAGCAAGUCCACAAGUCCAAAAAGCUCUCCUAGCCAGAGUAAACGAGUAUCCAGACAAGAUACAGGAAAACAUCCAUCACACUCACUGUUAUAUCCCGGCUAACCUGGCUGCUGUGUUAGAGAGGAGGCCCAGCCUUGUGACUGCUGGAGUACAGGCUUUCUACCUCAGGGACCCUAUAGAUCUACAGGCCUGCAGAACGAUGCAGUAUUUUCGACCAGGAACCCGCGUGACAAGUAGAGUGAAAAUGACCAGAUGCCUGUAUGCCCAGCUGAUGCAACAGAAAUUCCAACCGGACAAGAGAUGUGGUUAUACCCUGCCGAGAUCGAACAGCGCUAAAUUUACCUCACAUGACUUGGGAAUGAAACUGGCUCAUGGCUUUGAGAUAUUGUGUUCCAAAUGUGACGAUAAUGUGGAAAGAAGACAGAAUGGUCCUGCAGUAAGGCCAAAUGAUGUCCGAUGGAAACGAUACCUUCAGUCUUUGAAAGAUCGUGGAUUUUUCAGGGGGGAAAUCGAGGGAUCCAAGAAGUACAAUGAUCUUCUCUCCAGUGCUAGAGAGUUUUAUCAGCGACAAACAUUUAGUGCUAAAAGGAAGAGGACUGCAGGUGAUGAAGUGCUGGAUCUGCUUGAUCGAGUAACCUUUGACAUUGAAGCCAUGAGGAGAAGCGAGGCCGAAUUACAACCACCUGAUGAUGAUAGUUGGUUGAAUAUUUCACCAGAGGAACUGGAUGCUUUGUUAGUGAAGAGAUCGGGUGUUUCCAAUGGUAACCCCACCUCCCCGGACCUUGGCGAGGUGGCCAAUAGUGUCAAGUCCUUCGUGGAUAAGAUCUCCAGUGUGGAUGGGGUGGAGUUCCCUGGAGAGGGCGACGAGGAGGGCAUACAGUUUGACAGCACUGGAUUUAUUUCAGCCAUGACAAAAAUGUUUGAAUUUGAGGACAACAAUGACGGAGAAUCCAGUUCGGAUGAUAUGGAGGAGUACGGAUGGGAUGAUUCGGAUAUUGAUGUGGAUGAUCAACCUCCAGUUGUUCAGACAGAGAAGAGAAAACAGAGUACCAAGUCCUCUGAUGGUCCCUCCGUCCGGGACUACAAGUCCUCUGAUGGUCCCUCCGUCCGGGACUACAAGUCCUCUGAUGGUCCCUCCGUCCGAGACUACAUGCAUCUGAUGGACCGAGAGCUCAGUCAGACCAACGUUGGAAAAAGUUUUGAGAAAACCCCUAAAGUUAGUGAACCAGCACCCUCUGCAAAAGCUUCUCAGAAUGAUUCAAAAAGCAAGAAGAAGAAAUCCAUAGCAGAAGAAGACGAUGAUUUUGAACCUGUCAAUAUUGACAUUAACAUCGUUAAAAACAUGUUGGAAUCCAUGGAUGCCCAGGCAGGCUUAGCAGGACCCGCCUCCAACAUCCUCAAUACCAUGGGUAUCCGAAUCCCCAAGGAGGCAAAGGAACCCCCAAGACGACCGCCUCAACCUCGUCGGAGGUCAUCUGGUACAGAAGACAGCAACAGACCACCAGCCCCUCCCAAACCGACUAACCUCCCUGUAUCCCCAGUCAAACAGCGACCCCAACGACCUCCCCCUCCCAAAAAAACCAUACACAGACAGCAGUCGAAGGAAACUAACGUGUAGGGUCUGAACAUCGUUAUCAGUAAUAUCCUUUUCUAGUUUUGAAGAAAGAAAGAAAGAGUCUUACUGAAAUCACACACUGGAAAGUGAUUGCAAUGUUUAAUUGAACAAAAUUUUGGCAUAUAUUGCAGAAAAAAUAGAUUCUUGAACAAAAAAUUCUAAUUUGCAGUAUAGUGGAUUAACAUGUUCAUAUUAUGAAAAAUUCUUAUUGAUGUUUCUAUAAUCCCUUUGUGAAGACACUGGACAGAAUUCUGAAGUUUUAAUACUAUAGUCGAUUACCUCUUUGUUGCUACUAGAUAGUUUCUAUUUUUACAAGAAAGAAAUGUUGUUGAAAAUUAUUGGUUAUCGUUACAAAAAAGAAUUUAUAUGCAUACUGUAGACAGCCUUAUUAUCACUGAAAUUUAACAGCAUUGAUAGUCAAUAUAAAUGUAGCUUAAACAUAAUAUGGAAAUGAAACUGUUAUUUAAUGAAGUUUGUUUGGAAAAUGUUAAAAAUGACUAAAAGAAUUGUGGUUUUGAGAAGUGAAUCAAGAAAAUAUAAGUAUUUAGAAUGAAAAUGUUAAUGAAAACAAGUACAGUGUAUUUUAACGGUUAAACGAAGAUGCAGCUGUUGAGAUUUAGAAAACUGUGCAGUGUUAUGGAGAUAUCAUUGUAGUGUGGCAAUAUUUAGAAACUUCUGUGAUGUACAUUUGUAAUGAGUCUCUUUUUGCAACUGUUUAUAGUUUUUAAUUUGGUAGAUAACCCCUGUAAAGUCAUUUUGAUAUGGUCUAUAGUUUUUAAUACGGUAGACAACCCCUGUAAAGUCAUUUUGAGACUGUGUAUAAUUUUUAAUUUGGUAGACAACCCCUGUAAGAUGUUCCCCUGUAAAGUCGGGAUGGGGACGAGUUGAACUGUAAGAGUAGUGACUUGAAGGUUCCCUGUAAAGUUGGGAUGGGGACGAGUUGAAUUGUACGAGUAGUGACUUCCCUCGGAAUGGGUCAGACAAGCAGACCCUGUCACUGCAGUCAUGUUAUGAAGUGCCCUAUCACUAUAAAAUUGUUUGCCAUAUAGAUAGGAACAUUUGAUUAUCAAAUAAAUCGGAGCAAUACCGUCAUGUAAUUUCCGUAUACAGUAAUUUGAAAUAACCGGUUGCAAUAGUGCAAUAUAUUAAUGAGAUUUUUUUAAAAAUAUUAAUAUUUUGUAUCAAUUUUAUGAAUAUGUAUCAUAAUUGCUGACUGGUGUAAGUCACAUAAUUGAGUUCAUAUCUAAGUACUGGUAAGAAUAUCUUGUCACAAACUAGUACUUUAAGGAGUAUUCAUGGACCAUAAAACCAUUUCAUGCAAAGAAGCUUUUAUCACCCAUGAUUUUCUCUCUAUGCAAAAUUGGAAUUUCAAAUGAAUGAAAUCCUUUUGAUUCUUGCAUCUAAGCACAUGACCAGGUAUUUUGUUUUGGUCUAAAAUUACCAUGAUCUAAGCUACAACAUUCCAUCCCCCCCCCCCCCCAACCUUUUUUACGUAUUGGAUGUAGAGCCAUUUUCAAAUAUUUAUAUUUUGGGUAGCCAGCAUAAUUUCCUUUGUGAAUUUGGAUGCAAAUAACAAUUUUUUCUAUAAUGUUUUUAGACAUUUUUUUUUUUAGAUGUAUCAUAUCAAAACCAUUUUCAUUGAUAUUGUAUUAUACAUGUAUAAAUCACAUUAUUCAUUACAUCACUUGCUAAAGCAACUUUGAUUACAUUUUAAAGAUUUUAUUAAGGACUCGCACUACAAACAAAAUACCAUGUGACAAGAUAUGUGUAUGUGUACAUAUUUGAUGGUUUAGAAGAAGAUGAGCAUUUUCAUUUUUCAUUGUUAGGAAAUAGGUAUUUUUCUUGACCCCUCUUAUUCCCAUACAUCAUAAGCAGCCAGGGGCAUGAACAUUUGUUCAAGGAGACAUGAAUUUCACUCAAGAAUUUUGUCGGCCCAUAUUAAGACAUCACCAGCUGUAGAUGAAGUACCACAAAUUUAGACAUAUGCUUGGCACUCAGGGCCAUAUCACCGAGGUUCUUUAUCGUAGCAAUGCCUGCUGCGACAUGGGAUCUCCACUUUUAAUGUCAUAUCUGAAAUCUUUUCGACAUUCACCUUCAAAUGCCAGGCUUUUUGUUAGGUAGCAAUCAUUACCUACAUAAAUGUCUUCGGUUUGAUGUGAUGCUGAGAUCAGUUGUGAGCAGGAAUCGAACCCUGGUCUCCCAGUUGUGAGCAGGAAUUGAACCCUGGUCUCCCGGUUGUGAGCAGGAAUUGAACCCUGGUCUCCUGGUUGUGAGCAGGAAUUGAACCCUGGUCUCCUGGUUGUGAACAGGAAUUGAACCCUGGUCUCCCGGUUGUGAGCAGGAAUUGAACCCUGGUCUCCUGGUUGUGAGCAGGAAUUGAACCCUGGUUUCCCAGUUGUGAGCAGGAAUUGAACCUUGGUCUCCCAGUUGUGAGCAGGUAUUGAAUCUUGGUCUCCUGGUUGUGAGCAGGAAUUGAACCCUGGUCUCCUGGUUGUGAGCAGGAAUUGAACCCUGGUUUCCCAGUUGUGAGCAGGAAUUGAACCUUGGUCUCCCGGUUGUGAGCAGGUAUUGAACCUUGGUCUCCCGAUUGUGAGCAGGUAUUCCAACAACUAGACUAUCACAGCAUUUGUUUUGAUACUGUCUUCAAAUGUACCUACUAUAGAUAAGUACUAAAUAUGUACCUACAAUAAGUACUAAAUUUGUACUUAUUUGAUCAUAUUUAGAAUUUCAGAACAUCCCAAUCUAGUGCUGUAUAUUUAGUGAUCAUAAAUUAGCAUAACUUUGCUCUUUUAUAAAUAGAGAGUUUUAUUAGUGCAGACCAUAAAUUAGCAUAACUUUGUUCUGUGAUAAUUGUAUAAAUAGAGAAUCUCAGUUUUAGGCAGAAACCAUGUAACAUCACUUUGUUCUACAAUGUGAAUAGAGAAUAUUAUAUUUUAUGGCAAACGAUUUCCUUCAGCAAGGCAGGAAAUUAUAAACCCUGUAAAAUAAGUACACAUAUGAUGCAGUAUUUAUUGGUACAUGUACCGGCACAUGAAUAUUUUUUUAAUCACAAUUUGUGUGGUUGUCUGCUUUUCGCUGUUUUCGUAAUGAUAACAACCUCACAAAGUUAAAUCCCUCACAAACGGGAGAAAAACCACAAAGAACAGUAACUCUUGGACUACAAAAUGCAAACAGGUGCUCCUUUCUCAUUCCAAGAAAAUUUGAGCUCCAGGAAAAUAAAGUGAUUUUACAGUAAUUGACCAUUCAAAAAGUGUUUUGAAAAAUAGUUUAUUUACUUUGUAAUGAGCUUCCUGAAUGACCUUGUAAAGCAUGGUGCCAAACUAUGACUAUGAAGUCAAUUUUUGAAGUCUGUUUUAGAAUAAGACCACUUUCACAAUACCGACCAUCACUGAAAAGAAUGUUGACUACGUUCUGUAAAACCUUGUCUUUGCUCUCUUUGAUAAUACACUUCACUUGUGUGAUUAUCAGUUUAUAUACUAAGUAACUUAUCUAAUAAACAUAUAAAUGAAAGGUAUAUCAUUUGUGUCUCGGAGAUCUCACCAAGAAAAUGCUUAUUCCUUACAAGGAUGUUUUGUGUAUGAAUUACAAUUUUAUAUUAUGUUUUUAUAUUACCGAGAGUAAAUAACACAUUUGUGCAUAGACCUGCACCCUCUAUCUAGUCAGACAAGUCCAUUAUAAAUCUACGUGCUUUAAUGUCCAAAUACAAUGUGUUCCGUGUUGCUGAGUUGUGCAAACUGUUCUUAGUAUAUGAAGUAUUUUAGCUGCAACAUUCCGUUUAUAUGUUCCCUAGUAUGUCACUGUGUUACAAAGCUUCUAGAGGACACAGACUAUGUGUAUGUUGUAUCGUAGGGGGCGGAUCAACAGAUAAGAAAUUCAGACUGCUAACGAGAAAAAGGGAGGAUCCCAAAUCAAUAUGUUUAGAUUUCAGAUUGAUGUGAUAAUUUUUAUUGUUUAAAUAAGACCUGUCAUUUUUAACUGAGUGAUCAAAAUUAGGUUUGCAAUGUUGAAUGCUGUGUCCCACCAUCUGUUUACAUUUUUAAGAUCCACCCCUUUAAACAGAAGCAUAAUUUUUCAUGACAACACUUUAACUGGCCAUUUGUAUUCUUCCCCCUAUGUGUGUAUUUUAACCCGGUUGUGUGUGUAGGAUUUGUGCUCAUGCAAGUGGUUCGGUUUCAUUUUUUUGUGGGUUUUUUUUACAAACAUGCUUUAAAAUCAAGAAAAUGUGGAAAACAAAUUGCUGUAAACAGUAAAGUAUGCUUAGGCCAAGUAAAAUUAAUUAGUAGAUUAUCAUUCAAACUUCACCAAAAAAUGGGGCGGGAGGGAGGAUUUUAUUUUUUAUUUUUCGCCAUGGUAUUCUUGACCUCGAAAAUGCCUUCUCUCAUUGAGAAAAGGCUUUAUAAAUCAUAAUUACAUGUGUAUUUGGGUUUCUAAAAGGCAAAGUGAAACAAAGUACGUUUACGAUACCAGACCGGACAUAAAAAUAUCCGGAAAUCAUAAUUUUGAAAAAUAAAAGAAAUCGGGGCGGGGCGAUUUUCGAGGGGCGGGCGGGAAUGAUAAUCUACUAAUUAAUUUUACUUGGCCUUAUAAUGAAGUGCUGGGGAUGAUCAAUUUUAAUUCUUUAUAAAUGUAAUUUGUUAUAUCAAAUAUGUUUAUAAUUUUUAUUUUAGAACUAUAAGGAUUGAAAAUCACUUUGCUGUAAGCAUGAAUUCAUUAUAAGCAUUUUUGCCAUAACGGUAUUUUACUGUCUUUUUUCAAGAUUUCAAUUUUUUGUUUUUAUUCCUAUCAAAAGCUCACUACAUUGUACAUCAAAUUUAAACAGUAUUAAUAAAUAGAUAAAGAAAACCAUGCUCCGACUGUGUGGUACAUUUACUAGAAGGUUGUGCCAGUGAACAAUUUUUCUCCAUUGUCUUGUUUACAGUUUAUAUAUUUUAUUUUGUUUUUACGAUGUACACAGAGACAAGCAGCAAUAAAUGAGGACACGCUUGUA